AUGGAUAAAGUGGCAGUCGACCAAAGGGAGGGCAUACAGAGUAGCUCUCCAGAACUCGAAGAUCACAGCGGUGCAGAAAAAGCACACAUCGAACAAGUCAGCCUGCAAAACAACCUAUCUGCAAAGAUCAAGAACCCGCUCGCCGACUUGACUGAAGAGCAAGUUCUCCGUGACGUAGAGGAAUUUUCGCAGAAGCAUGAACUCCUCGACAUUCUACCUGAACUCAGAAAAGGAGCAUUAGUUGCUCGUGACCCAGGCAACUUUGAAUCUGUUCCUGGCCUGACUGAAACGGAGAUCACAGCUCUCCAAGAUGAGGUUCUUCAUAGAUGGCGUCAACCGCGUGCUCUCUACUUUACCAUUAUUCUCUGCUCGAUCGGCGCAGCUGUCCAAGGAUGGGAUCAAACAGGAUCCAACGGCGCUAAUCUUUCCUUCCCUGAUGCCUUUGGAAUUCCCGAGACUGGUAAAAACGAAAUACGUGACGAAUGGCUUGUGGGUCUCAUCAAUGCAGGACCAUAUAUCUCCAGCGCGUUCUUCAGUUGCUGGAUCUCCGAUCCUUUUAACCGUUAUUUCGGCCGUCGCGGUACUAUCUUUGUUGCUGCCAUCUUCUGUGUGCUUUCUCCCAUUGGCUCAGCGUGUACACAGAAUUGGCCACAACUCUUCGGCACGCGUAUUCUUCUUGGAGUCGGCAUGGGAUUAAAAGCAUCGACAAUUCCGAUCUUCUGCGCGGAAAAUGUGCCUGCUAAUAUUCGUGGUGGCUUGGUGAUGUGCUGGCAACUCUGGACCGCAUUUGGUAUUUUCCUGGGAUACAGCGCCAAUCUUGCGGUGAUGAAAGUUGGAAAUAUUGCCUGGCGUCUGCAGUUUGGAUCUGCAUUUAUCCCUGCUGUUCCAUUGCUGAUUGGUGUUUACUUUUGCCCGGAGUCCCCACGUUGGUAUAUCAAGAAAGGGAAGUAUAGUAAGGCAUAUCAGUCUCUCGCUAAGCUGCGAAACACUCCUCUCCAAGCGGCUCGCGAUCUUUACUACAUUUCUGCACAAAUCAAGAUCGAACAAGACAUUAUCGGUGAUAGCAAUUAUCUCACCCGCUUCAUUGAGCUCUUCACGAUUCCUCGUGUGCGCCGAGCUACCCUUGCCGCUUCCAUUGUGAUGCUUGCUCAGCAGAUGUGCGGGAUUAACAUUGUGUCGUUCUACUCAUCAACAAUCUUCUCCGACGCAGGCGCAACGAAUGAGGAAGCGUUAUUCGCCUCGUGGGGCACAGGUCUCGUGAAUUUCCUAUUCGCAUUCCCUGCAGUGUGGACUAUUGAUACUUGGGGACGUCGAACACUGCUUCUCUUCACUUUCCCUCAAAUGGCGUGGACACUUCUUGCUGCUGGGUUCUGCUUUUAUAUCCCAGAGAAAUCGCAAGCCCAUCUUGGACUCAUUGCGUUCUUUGUCUUCUUGUUCGAGGCGUUUUAUUCACCUGGCGAAGGACCCGUACCCUUCACGUACUCAGCGGAGGUUUUCCCACUAUCACACCGAGAGGUUGGAAUGGCCUGGGCUGUUGCUGUCUGCCUUGGGUUCGCUGCCGUCUUAUCUAUCACAUUCCCUCGCAUGCUUGUUGCCAUGACUCCCACAGGUGCCUUUGGAUUUUAUGCUGCCUUGAAUAUCACUGCUCUCGUGAUGAUCUUCUUGUGGGUCCCAGAGACCAAACAACGCACCCUCGAGGAGCUGGAUUACAUUUUCGCAGUACCCACCCGCGUUCAUAUGCAUUACCAGGUAUUCAAAGUCCUGCCAUGGUGGACCAAGCGGUACAUACUGCGCAUGGAUGUACCAGACGUAGAGCCAUUAUACCAUUUUGACCGCAUACAGACGGAUAAGACAGAUGAGGGGGUCCGUAAACGAAGCGUGGUGUCCGCGAAUCUCAAAUCCGAGACUGGGCCUGAGGGUACUGAUUGA